CGCGCCGCACCGGCCUCCGGCCCCGGCGGGAACCCGCCGCCGCCCCGGACCGGAAGAAACUGAAGUGAAAAAGAAGUCACUGAAAAAGAAAUCAAGGAAGGAUUUGAAGGAACAGAUUCAUUUCUUAACAAGAUCAAGUUUGAAUUAAAUGGCUGAUAAACAGAUCAGUUUACCUGCCAAGCUGAUCAAUGGAGGGAUAGCUGGGCUGAUCGGGGUCACGUGUGUAUUUCCCAUUGACCUGGCGAAGACUCGCCUGCAGAACCAGCAGAAUGGCCAGCGGUUGUACACCAGCAUGUCUGACUGCCUCAUUAAAACAAUUCGGUCGGAAGGUUACUUUGGCAUGUACAGAGGGGCUGCAGUGAACCUGACUCUAGUGACACCAGAAAAGGCUAUCAAACUGGCAGCCAAUGACUUCUUCCGGCAUCACCUCUCCAAAGACGGGAAAAAGCUGACACUGCUGAGGGAGAUGCUAGCGGGCUGCGGCGCGGGUACCUGCCAGGUGAUUGUCACCACUCCCAUGGAGAUGCUCAAAAUCCAGCUGCAGGACGCGGGACGAAUUGCGGCACAGAAGAAGCUGAUGGCAGCGCAGGCCCAGCUCUCCUCUUCCUCGGCGGCGGGGGCGGCGGAGCCGGCGGUGGAAAGGCGCACCACAGCCACACAGAUCACAAGGGAGCUGCUGCGGAGCAAAGGCAUCGCGGGACUCUACAAGGGCCUGGGAGCCACGCUGCUAAGGGAUGUCCCGUUCUCCAUUGUUUACUUCCCGCUGUUUGCAAACCUGAACAAGCUGGGCCAGAAGGACCCCAAUGUCAAGGCUCCAUUCUACGUGUCCUUCCUCUCUGGAUGUGUGGCUGGCAGUACGGCUGCGGUGGCUGUCAAUCCUUGUGAUGUGAUCAAAACGCGGCUGCAGUCCUUACAGAGAGGAGUGAACGAGGACACCUACUCAGGAAUCCUGGACUGCGCCAAGAAGAUCUGGCAGAAGGAAGGGCCCAUGGCCUUCCUGAAAGGGGCAUACUGCCGAGCCCUGGUCAUCGCUCCUCUCUUUGGCAUUGCACAAGUCGUCUACUUCAUCGGCAUUGCGGAGUUCCUGCUGGACAUGCUCCCCAAGCACCGGGCCUAGCCCUGGCGUACCUGCGUGUGUCCUCCUGCCCUCUGCAGCGCUGAAUUCAUCCCUGUGUUCAUCAUCCGUGUCGACUGAUGUCAGAGCAACAGCACAAAGAGUUCGUGCAGGGACGCCGAGGGGAUGUGGUCUCCAGACAAGCAAACACAGGGAGGGAGAGAGUCCCUUCUCUGCAUCAGUCUGGAACCUGCCCCCUCCCGCUCCUUCCACGGACAACACCUAAUUAUGCAUAUCUUAUUUUUUUCUUCUCCCCUUUUUAAAGAAAAAAAAAAAAAAAAAAAAGAAAAAUAGUCAUUCUUAAGGACACCGGUAAGCACAGACUGGGCUUGAAGACCCAGAAGUCUCCUCCCAGUCUUGGGGAAGAAGAGGGAUGGAAAAGAAAUAACCUGAACCCUCUGUCCACCCCAGUCCCCUUCUUUCUUCCUGGAGUUGCCAGCUAUCUGAGGAGGAGCUGGAGGGGCUGCUCUGUCCCCUCAGUCCCCCCUUGGCUCUGCUGGCCCCAGGUCGAGAGCAGGCCCUGUGCAAAGGGGGCUCAUCCCCACCAGAGGCACAGCAGGGAGGAUGCUGGGUCUGUCAGGUUCCUUGGCCUGGACACCUUCACCCCUCACUUCUCCCUUUCUCAAAAACUAAUUGGACUUAGAAGAACUUUUUGGAGAUCAGAGGAGGGGAAAGGGAAUCAUUACUAUUGAUUUUUGUAAUUUUUUUUGUUUUAAAGCAAAGGGAUGUCCCUCCUAACUAGGUGUCACAGGCACAUCCAGGUGAGGUGCAGAGAUGAGAUGCCUGCUCUGUAGGGAACAUGUCUGUGGGAUCACAUAAAUGUUGGAAGGUGCUUCACUGCUUGGCUACAGGCAGGGGAGGGAGAGGAAUUUGGGAUCAAGUUAUAUUUGUUUGAGAUUUUUUUGGUUUGGUUUUUUGUUUGUUUAUUUUUUUUUUUAAUGCAGGGGUCUUGGGGAGAGAAAACCAAACAAGAAACCACUUACAUUCCUUCAGCCUGCCCCCCCCCCAGGGUGAUAAAACGGUGGGCGCAGGUAUAGAUUAGCUGAUUAUUUUUUUUUUAAUUAUUUCUUCUUCCAGCCUGGCCCCAGGUGUGUGAAAGGAGGUACCUGCUCCACUUCUGUGGUGCCCAACCGUGGGAGCUGCACUAGAAAUGCCGAGUCUUUGUGCUCACCUUGCGGGGUGAAAGCACAAGGUCUGGUUGUGCUUUGAUGUUUGACUUUGGUGUUUUUGGAGCCGGAUGGUGUUGAAGAGGCAGAGGGUUCCUGCACCCCGAGUGAGGAGCUAUUUGCAGGCUCGUGAUGCCGGGGUCGGGUCCUCUGGAUCACAAAAACUUGUCAUCAUGCUUGCUUCUGGGGUGGUGGUUGUUGUUGGGUGCCAAGGGCCAAAUCCAUACCUACAACCCGCUCUGUCAAAGGGUCGCUGCCCCAGCUAACAUCACUUGUCAGAGGACUUCCUUGUUCAGUACUCUCUUGGGCUGUGUAAUUAAUUCUAGUUAAAAUGAUCUUAAGUGUGGGAUCUACCAACCCAGUGUGAUCUUCUCCAUUAUUUAUUCCAUUUGGUGCAAUCCACCUGACUUUGGUGUUUCAAUUAAACUGGUCAAAUUCACUUUUCAUUCCUUUUUGCUUUGUUCUCCAGGCGCUUGCUUGGUGUUUAUGUUUCAAAUGUAUAUUUAAAUUAAUUUAAAAAAAAAAAAACAAACCCUGUUUUUAAUGUUUAAAAGAAAACCACCUCUGUUUCAGCAUUCUUGGGUUAGGUUUUUGCGAAACCUGUAUGUGGAGGGCCUUCUUCCUUGAUGUGUCCUUUUUCUCUUUGAAAUAAUUGUUCCUUAGCUGUUUUGUUACUUGUCAUUUUGCAUAUGUGAAUAAUUUUCUUUUUUUUCCUUUCUUUUUCUUAAUGACUUCUCCGUGUAUCUGGGAUGGAAUCUGUGCAAAGAUGAUGAUAGAUGUCUGUGCUGUGUGUAGUGCUGUGAUGCUGCUCUUGCUCUGGAUUUCCCUUGGGUGGAUUAAAAGAGAAAGAUUUUUUUUUUUUAA